GCCGUUGUCGCCUCUCAUGACGUCACAAGGUCGCGCCGCUCUCCCGCCGCCAUGUUGCUCGGCGUGCUGUCCCGGUGCUCGUUCCGCCCCCCCCCACCCUUCACCCGCUCGGCCGUCACGGCCGUGCCGUUGGCUCACACCGAGGUCGGUGUCCGUGGCCGUUGGCCGCCCGUGCUGCUGCUCCACGGUAUUUUCGGUAACAGCGGGAACUUCCACACCGUGGCCCGUUCGUUGUCCCGGCGCUUUGGCGGCCAGGUGCUGUCGGUGGACGCCCGCAAUCACGGCCGCAGCCCGCACUGCCCGGUGAUGACAUACGAGGCGAUGAGUGUGGACGUGCAGCAGCUCCUGGCACGGCUGGGCAUCACCAAGUGCAUCCUCGUGGGACACAGCAUGGGCGGCAAGACGGCCAUGGUGCUGGCACUGCAGCGGCCAGACUUGGUGGAGCGUCUGAUCUGUGUAGACAUCGGUCCUACCUCAACCGCUCACAUCUCCGAGUUCCCUGCCUACAUUUCUGCCAUGAAGUCAGUGAACGUCCCGGCUGGUCUGUCCCGCUCCGCAGCCCGGCAGCUGGCUGACAGUCAGCUGAGCUCCGUGGUUCAGGAUCUUCAGCUGAGACAGUUUCUUCUCACCAACCUGAUAGAGGUGGAGGGCCGCUAUGUUUGGAGAGUGAACCUGGAUGCUAUUUCCCAUCACUUUGCAGAUAUCAUGAGCUUCCCUGCCUUCCACAAGCCAUAUACUGGUCCUGCGUUGUUUUUGGGAGGAUCCAACUCGCCCUAUAUCAGCUCCAAAGACUACCCAGAGAUCCAGCGCCUCUUCCCCAAAGCAGACAUCCAGUUCAUCGAAGGCGCCGGCCACAUCGUCCAUCAGGACAAGUUUGAAGAGUUCAUCACUGCUGUCCUCAAUUUCCUGCCAUCACCGUAGUGCUGCCUGCUGGGGUUUCUGCAAGCACUGCACAGGAGCCAAGGAGCUCUGCGCGUUGCAAGGGGAGGAUCAGAGCAGCUGCCACCUUUACAGACUGAGGACAUUUCCCAGCCCUCUGAGCCCUCCUGUCACCUCCCAGGGACAUGGGGUGGCACUGGCCAAGGACAUGGCCCACAUGCACUCCAGUGCUUCGGACAGUAGGAGGGGGCAGGAAAACCCUUUCCUUUUCCUACCACCAUACCACGUGGUGGUGGAGCUGACAAUGAUUUGCAGCACUUGCAAUAAACAUAAAUCCAUGCCAAGGCAGA